GAACACAAGCUUUCAUAAGGUAAAUACGCCUUGAAGUAAUAAUGGAUUCGCUAGAGUUACAACAGCAGAGUGGGGCAGUGGAUGAGCCGCAAAAUCCUCUAGACGAGGAACUCGAUAUUCCUGACGAUGUGUUCGUCAACCAGGAGAAUGUGGCGUUGCCUCAACCAAAAACUAGAGCCAACAUUAUGCAAUUCGAGCAGGAGCUGAGUGAGAAGGCUGUUAUUGCAAAUGAUGAGGUAUAUAGGGCUCGCAAAAGAGUGGACAGAGCAGAUGUCACCAAAUACAAAGUGCAAAAGGCUCUAGCACAAACAAAUAACGAGAAUAGUCUCAUAGCUCUUAUCAGAAGAAUAAGUAACGACAUCGGCAGCAUCAACCGAAACAUCAACACUAUGCAGACCAAUAUCAACACUAUGCAGACUGAUAUAAAUUCGAUAAAAGAUGAAGUUAGCGGAAUGAAACCAUUAAUGCUUUAUGUUCGAACUUCCGAGAAUGCUCGUAGACGGGAGCUGAGAGAACCUUCAAUACCGGUUCCUUUUUUGGUUGGAGAAGGGCCAGAAGGCACUGAUUUGCCAUCAAUCAAUUCAGUUGAAGACAUCGAAUUGUUAGACCUAGAGCAACUCCGUCGCUUCCUAACUGGUUAUAACGUGCGGUAUGCUCUUCGUACAAGCAGGGUAAACAUGAAAAUAAUGUUGAGAGACACACUUGGAUUCUGUCGUGUGAGUGACAUGAGAAUGAAUUUUUCAUAGUACAAAAUUGCUCUAUGGUUUAAUAUAUACAUAUAUAUCAUUGUUAGUAUUAAUUUAUGGGUUAUUACAAAUACAUAUUUUCAUACAGGAA